ACCCCACCAAGAAAAUUGGGACAAGAACAAAGAGAUUCAAUACCCCUCGAUUAGCUUUGGAGUUCAUCUAAGUUUUCCUCUAAGAGUUCCUCCUGCAUAUAAUUAAUUCAUGUCAAAGACUUCAAGAAAAACUAAAAACUACUCAAACUCCAACUACCUAUCACCAAGAAGAAUCUUACUUGUAUCUUUCUUGAUAGUCAUACUGGCUUUCAUUAUAAAUAAAUUUUUACCUCGUCUUUUCCUUAUAUCUCAUCAUUUUUCUCCUACCAAACUAUCUACAACUUCAAAUCCCAAGAUGUCUAAUUACAGUAAGGAAUUGGAGGUGGCUCAAUUAGCCGUCCAAAGAGCAGCUAUUUUAACCAAGAAGGUUUUCCAUGAAAAAUCCAAAGGAACAUUAUCCAAAGACGACAAAUCACCUGUUACAAUUGGUGAUUUCGGUGCUCAAGCUUUGAUCAUCCAAGCUAUCAAGAAGAACUUCCCUAAUGACGAGGUUGUAGGUGAAGAGGAAGCUAGCGAUUUGAGAGAGAAUGCUAAAUUGAGAGAUCAAAUUUGGGAAUUGGUUGAAGCUUCCAAACUUUCUGAUCCAGAGGCUGAGAAGGUUUUGGGUGGUCCAGUCGAGAGUGUAGAUGCUAUGCUUGAUGCUAUCGAUGCAGGAAACAGUGCUGGUGGAGCUAAAGGAAGAAUUUGGGCUUUGGAUCCCAUUGAUGGAACUAAGGGAUUCUUGAGAGGUGGUCAAUAUGCUGUUUGCUUAGCACUGAUGGUUGAUGGAGAUGUCAAAGUUGGUGUUCUUGGAUGUCCUAAUCUUCCAGUUGAUGAUUCCGCACCAUUAUCAGCUGACGCUGGCAAGGAUGCAUCAGAUGAGGAAGGAAAAGGUGUUCUUUUCUCAGCAGUAUUGGGUCAAGGUGCUACGAGUCGACCAUUGGGUACUGGAGCAUUAGCAAAAGGUCAAUCUAUUCAAAUGAAGCCAGUUACGGAUUUAAGUCAAGCUACAUUCUGUGAAAGUGUUGAGGCAGGCCAUUCUUCCCAUGGCGAUCAACAUGCUAUUGCUACCAAAUUGGGUGUUACCAAGGCUAGUGUCCGAAUGGAUUCACAAGCUAAAUAUGGAUCGAUUGCUAGAGGUGCUGGAGACAUUUACCUUAGACUCCCCGUUAGUGCGACUUACCAAGAGAAGAUCUGGGACCACGCCGCUGGAGAUCUUAUUGUACGCGAGGCAGGUGGACAGGUUACUGAUUCUCUCGGACGAAGAUUGGAUUUCAGCAAGGGAAGAACUUUGGCUGAAAACAAGGGUGUCGUUGCAGCUCCUGCAGCCAUUCACGGCCACGUUUUGGAGGUAGUUAAGGAGGUUUUGGCGGCCAAGAAAUAAAUUGUUCAUAUAUAUUCGUCACAAAUAAAAGACAUGAUACCUUUUUUCCAUCUU